CCUUUCCCAACAAUCUGUUAAUAUUAAAAUAAUCCAGCUAAUUAACCUCUGGGGCUGUUUCGCUUUUGCCUGUGCCGCCAAACGGCCAAAGCAUGUUCCGAAUUGGCAUUAAAUUUUCGUCAAACCCACACGAUCGGAUAAUUAAAAUUAAUAAAUAUGGAUACACGAGACUUUAUGGUGCCACGAGGUCGAGGGAUGUUCAGCCAUGGAGGAGGCGAGGGAGAGAGCAACAGAGGGAUGUCAGGGUUAUCGUGGCACAGACGAGGGCUGGAUAUUCAUCGGAGGCACCUCGGAGUGGAAAAACUGGUGGCAAGGGGCUGUUAUUUCUGGGAUCUAUAACCUUGGGGACGGUAGGACUCCUAGCACUCGCUAGAAGUAAUUCAGACAUCCGGGCGCAGCUGGAGGAAUGGAUACCAGGGACUGAUAAAACUAUCAAGGUCAUUUUUCAAGAGGAGGCAUCCUAUUUUGAUCAACUGUGUGAAUUCUUUGAGAAUUUAAAACAGAGUGUUAUUGAUGGAGUAUUUGGUGAUGGAAAUCCAAAAGUAGAGAAGAGGAGCGAUGAUAAAGCAGGUCAGAAAGAAAUACCAUGUGCUACCUGUGACAACUACACACCUCCAAAGCCCUCAUUCGAGCCAUUGGUUAAAACAAAAGAGCCGGUCGUUAACGAUUCGUAUGCAGAGAUCCGCCAGAGUGAGGACAAAGGAAAGAAAAUUCAAGUUGUUGUGGAAAAGCCCUCGAUGCCUAAGAGAGAAGUUCCUGAAGAGCUAAAGCCGAAUAAUCUCGUGGAACUCGAAGCUUUUUGUGGAGAGGCAGCUAGCCGAGCCAUUGCAGCUUAUCAAGAAGCUACAAAAGCCAUUCAUAAUUAUAAUCAGGAUGUUGUGAAGGUUGUGGAGACAGGGAGUGGUGCACCUGCUAAUAUUGGAGCUCCUGUUUGGCAGAGAUUGAAAGAAGCGACGGAGAAGAGAAAACAUGCCAUCCAGGAAGCAGAAUUGAAUGCAACCGAAGCCAUUCAAAAUCUGAAGCGUCUCUCAAAUUUAAUCGACGAUCCGCAGUUCGACGCACCGCCGGUCGUGAAAUCCGCUGCGCGUAGAAACGUCAAGAAGAUAAUCGAGGACGUUGACGAGGCGAAAAAGAAAUACGACGACGAGGAGGGAUCGGCAAAUAUCACUGAAAAAUACUGGAACAAAGUCAAAGCAGCCAGGGAGAAUUUCAACGAGGAGCUCCAGAUAUUAUUCCCAAACAUCAAUAUUCACGAGAAAAGUUUCAGCGUUAAUGAGGAGGCCUUCGAUAUCUUUGUCCUCUACAUGUAUAAUAGGGUUAAUUAUUUGCAGAAGGAGUUGGAUAAACUAGAGAGCAUUGAUGGCGCAAGAUUAAGAGCGGCCAUGAAAUCCAGCGGGGAUUUAGCCUCGGAGGAUAAAUUGAAUGAACUCAUUUGUCGUGAAGUUAACAAGGAGAAGAGAAUUCUCGUGGAAGAGCUGGAUAAGAAGUUGUUGGCUGAGCGAAAGACUUUUGAAGAAGAUAUUCGCCGACAGCUGAAGCUUCAGGCGCAGGUGAAUGCCGAUCACUUGAAGGAGAUGCUUGAAAUAAAGGAGAAGGAGGCACAGCGGUUGAUAAAUCGUGCAGCUAGUGAACAGGCAGAGGCUGAGUCCAUCAAGUAUAAAACCCAGCUGGCAGUCAUUGUUGGUAGAUUGCGAGGACUGGAUGAGGCACUCAAGCUUCGCCUGAGCGAGGAUAAAGGUGCCUGCGAUGCCCAGAUGCUGUGGGCAGCAUGUCAAGCCCUGGGAAGAGCUAUAAAAGUCACAGCUACAGGAACACCAAGUGACAGGCCAGUGAGACCACUCGAGGCUGAAAUAAAUGCUAUCUCCAAAGUAGCACCCAAGAACGAUGCACUGGUUAAGGCGACACUUGAUGGAAUACCUGAAGAGGCGGUCAAACGCGGAGUUUUCCCAGAGGAUGCACUCCGAGAACGAUUCCUAAAGGUGGAGCACAUGGCAAGACGUCUCGCCCUUGUACCUGCCGAAGGCGCUUCCUUACCCAUAUAUCUGCUGAGUUACUUACAGAGUUUUCUCCUGGUUAAAGCGAUCAGUCCGAUAUCAAAGAGUGAACUAUCCGAUGAACCCAUUGACGUCAGCAAAUUGGAUACAUACGACGUGUUGGAUCGCGCCAGGUAUUGGUUGGAUCGCGGUGAUUUUAAAAUGACUCUCAAGUACAUGAAUCUACUCAAGGGCGCAUCGAGAUCAGUCGCACGAGAUUGGAUGAAUGAGACUAGAAUACUUUUGGAGACACAACAGGCUGUUGAUACGCUCAUGGCGUACGCAGGUGCUAUUGGCCUUGUAUUUCUUGGUAGGGGUGACACUAAGAAUUAACAAGUGGAAUAACUGCAGACUCACUCCCCAUUAUUGCCACCCGAUGCUGCUCCCUCGUCCAUACGUGCAUUUUCAAUGCAUCGACGUCUUUUUUUAUUAGUAAUGAGACUCUGCUAGGGAUGAAUAACUAGGACAACGUAAAUUGAGUAACAAAAAUAAAAUACAUUGUUCGAAUUUCUCAUUGGUGGUGGAAUAAAAUUUGGACGUUCCUGGUCUAGUUCUCUUGGCCUAGUCCCAGGAGCUUGCAGAGGAAUUCCACGUGCAUCCAGUACAUCCAACCCUCUGGAGGAUCGUGUUACAUGUUCUGUUGUAAAAUAAAUAAACUGAUGGAGACGAACAAUGGAAUUUAUAAAUAAAAAACGAAUUACAUUGUUUCCUGAA